AUGUCUGGAAACUACAGCAUCAAGGGCAGGUUGAUCAAGGACCUCGUCGGUGGUUUCCAAUUCGGCGCCAAGCUUGUCCGCCUAGGUGGCCCAUUCAUUGCCCCGGCGAGCAGCGGUGGCUCUGAUGAUGGAGACGAUGGGGAGAUGGACGGUAUCACCAGUUAUGGGAAGUCUGUUGUUGCCAUCUAUGCUGGCGAGCGCUGGCAUUACAGCCAAUGCAAGUUCCGCUUCACUAAUGAGGGCGCUAGGGGUCAGUUGGGAGAAGUUUUCGAGCUCGCCACGGUCAUGAGCUUCGUGCGCCUUUUUGAAGUCCAAAUAGCCGCCGGAAUCUCAGCGAGUUACAUGUCUGCUUCAUCAGCGGCAGCUGCGGCUUCCGCCUAA